AUGGUCAAAAAAGAAGGCGUCGAAGGUCUUGAGGAGAUCAAUUGCAAGUAUUUGGUGGGUUGCGACGGUGCUCACAGCGCAGUGCGCAAAUCUGACCCUAGCUGGAACUUCGUGGGAAGAACGGUUGAAGGGACGUUUGAGCAGGCAGAUUGUGAACUUGAGGUUGAUGACACGACUGAUAUGGAAGAGUUUCAUCGUAUAAGGAUCUCAUUGUGUGCCGACGGGCUUGUGUUUCGUUUUCCUGUCGAUCCCGCGAGACGUAUAGUACGCCUAGUCUGCAACGUGGGGAAAAUAACAUUUCCAGAUGAGAAGAAUGCAUCAUCUGCAAUCCGUCACGGUCGCGAUAUUGAUGAGGAGCCGCCCGUGCUCGCUGACUUUGAGCGCCUUUGCAAUAGCAGGCACGCAAACGUCAAGAUCAAGAAUGCGACCUGGCUCACACGCUUUCAUGUCAACGAACGUAUGGUAGCGACUUUGAGAAAAGGACGAGUCUUUCUUGCAGGUGACGCUGCCCAUUGUCACUCGCCUGCUGGAGGUAUGGGAAUGAAUACGGGACUUCAGGAUGCCAUGAACCUGGGCUGGAAGCUAUCCAUGGUGCUGCACAAAACGACCAGCAAUGAGGAUGCAUUGCUCGACUCUUACGACCAGGAGAGGCUUCCUAUCAUCAGAACUGUUCUGGACAACAGUUCUGAUUUAAUGAGACUAGUGGUGGAUCGCAGCCUUACCAAGAGUACAUUGUUAUCCCUAACUCCAAGAAUAUGCUGA